AUGAUAGACGCAAUCUUAAGUCCUUCAUCAUUUCGAAGAUACGCCAUACACCAUCCGCCCAUAUGGAAAAUGAUGUACUUGAUGUGGAGUGCUCCAAUAACGAAAUUUUGGACUUUUCAGGUGUUUUAUGUUGUGUACUUAGCACUAUUCAGCAUAGCAGUUAUGUGGCAGUCAUGUGGAAAUUAUCACCUGGAUAUGACAGUUUGCUGCUGGACAUCUUUAAUAGCCUUGGAAUCCGUGCAUCCGGCAGUAAGAAUGAGAAAAAAAUAUAAAGCCCAAGCAUUUGUUUUGAAAAUCUUAGAGAUCAUCAUAAUGUUCAUGUUUGUUUUACUGUAUGCCGUCGGACGCCUCAUCGAGCCAAGACAAAUUGAUCCUUACACCACAAGAGUCAUUUUAUGUUUGGGUCUUCUGUACUUUUAUUACCGCAUCAUUGCCAUCUACCUCCCCAUCUCCCCAACAUUGGGACCAUUAUUAUACAGAGUGAAGCUUAUGGUUCUCGUCGAUUUCAUCAAUUUCAUGCGCAUGACCAUCCUCGUCAUCAUCAGUGGUGGAAUCGUGAUCCAUGCCGUCAUGUAUCCAGAUUAUCCUUUUAAUAUUGAGCUUUUCAGAAGAACAUUUCACAAGGCGUGGUUUUCGCUCUUCAUGACUCCAAUUGAUGACCUAGGAAGAAAUUUCAACUGUCAGAAAACAAGUUUAAAACAAGGGAAUGAAACAUUUUGCUUGUCAGGUGCAUACGAUGACGUUAAGUGUCCAAAUGUUGGCUGGUGGGCAUACAUUUUUAAUAUUCAGUAUUUCGUGUUACUGAAGUUGAUUCUUCUCACCCUUCUAUACGCACUUUUCAGUGCGACAGCAUCUAAAUUGUCAGCUGAAAGCGACGCCAUUUGGAAAUUUCAACGAUAUCAUCUGGUUGUUGAUUUUUCUAACCGUUUGCGGCUACCGGCUCCUUUGAACAUUGUGAGCUAUAUCAUUAUCGGCAUACAAUUUCUGCACUGGUGCUUUUGCUGCAUAUUUUUCCGAGAAGAUAAAAUGAAAUUUCAGUCCGAUAUGCAUCAGGUUACAGCAAAAGACUACACUUAUUGGAACCAACUGGCUCACGAAUAUGAUGCCGUUCAGCAGACCAAAGAAAUGGAGAAAGACGUCAUAGAGAAGCAAAUGGACAUGACUCGAAGUUUGAUUGAAGAUUUUGUUUACCACAAGCAAAUGAUGCAAGGUUUAAAAAGUUCCGUUAGAGAACUCGAACGCUUGAUGAACUAUUCGCACGUUCAUUUGGAGAACAUUCGGCAUUUGACAAAUCGAGAUGCUGGGUUUAUGAACGUAUUAUCACGUCGUUCGCCAUAUCCAGGAACUCGAGUACAAAGAUUCCCAGUUCCAGAUAAGUAUGUUCCAUGGGAAGUAAUGUGGAUUUCUUACGACCCAGUGGCAUAUACUCUACCACGACAAGAUUUUCCUGUUGCUCUACAGUCCUUUGUAGAUGAAGACUUGUUAUUACUUCAGGAAAAACAAUGCCCACAGGAGGCUCUUCCGGUAUAUUCUUGGAAUAGUGUCACGGUCAAUCCAGCAGGCAUUGGAUUGGACAGAUUAUCUUGGAUAACGAGUAAUGAUGGUUCCAACCUGGUGUACAAGUUGGAUAGCGAAGGAGUUCCAAAGAAUCCAAUGGGAAGAACGGGAUUACGCGGAAGAGGAAGUUUGCUUCGCUGGGGUCCCAAUCACUACAUGCAGAUUAUAAUAACAAGGUAUCAAAAAACUAGAGAGUAUUUCUUAUCAACUAAAGGUUUGGAAUUCGUGGUUUUGUGGUCUGAGAAACGAUUCCAGCUGUCAAUACCCGGGGGUUUUGUAUCCGGCGAACACAGGUAUGAAGUCAUAAGAUCCAUGUUUAAAUCUCAAUACACAGGAAAUACGAUUUGGUCUGAUGCGAAAGAAGUAAAUAAGUUCUUUUUGGACUGUGUGGUGCAGAAGAUAGAAAAAUCGGACAGCAAUGAAUCUUUGGACAGCAUCAUCGAUAACGAUGAGAGCAGCAAGGUGCUUUGCGAGGUGGUCUGUAGGGGAUACAUGGAUGAUCCCAGCAACACAGAUCAGGCCUGGAAAGAAGUUGAACUGUGGCAUGUGCAUUAUGACACUGCUGAGAAUGUAUCGGAAAGAUUGCAGGCUCAAAUGGGCUGGAGGUUGAUAACAGAGGAUGCAUUUUUCAAGCUUCCAGCAGGACAAGCAGUCCUAUUACAAGACAUAGCUAGGAAGAUGAAGGCCACCAUCUUGUAAAAAGAUAUUCUAGAUUGUACUUCAU